UGUCAAAUACAAACGAAAGAGCUACGGUGUCGAUUCUACAAAAUAUUUUGGAACUAAACAAGGCCCAAAUGGAACGCGACCACUCCCUGUGGGUCCCACGUCGAGGUUGUGCGCUGCCCCCACCAAGUAGGACGCAGUAUGUACGCGUAGCGUAGCAAGCAGCUGCACAGCACUGCCCCAUCAUAGCAAUCCUACGGCACGGCACGGCACGGCACGAUAGCUGCUACUGAGCUAGAGCCUAGAGUAGCCUCGUCUCCAUCAAGCAACGCCUCUCCUCUCCCGCGCUCUUUGUUUGUUCUUCCUGCUGCUCCGCCUCGAUCCAUCAGUUCCUCCUCGACCUCGGUUGCACUCAACUCAUAAUAAUUACUACCUGCCACUCACUCCACUACCCCCACUCCGUCCGGAGGAGCUGAACCGCCCGCCCGCCAGAUUCCCGCCUACUAUAUAUACACACGACGAGUGACAGAGAGAGCACCUGGCAACCUCCCUCGUCACGUGGCAGACUCAGACCACAGCAGCCAGCCCGAAGCAAUUGCGCGCCCGUUUCAAUGGCCGUGGUGGUGGCGGCAGUGGAAGAGGACGGCGGCGGGCCAGCGGAGGAAGCCGUGACGGUGCGCGAGUUCGACGGCACCAGCGACCGCGACCGCGCCGCCGUCGACCGCCUCGAGCGCGCCUGCGAGGUCGGACCCAGCGCCGGCAAGCUCUGCCUCUUCACCGACCUCCUCGGCGACCCGCUCUGCCGCGUCCGCCACUCCCCGGCCUUCCUCAUGCUCGUCGCGGAGGCAGGUGCAGGUGCGGGUGGCGCCGCCGGCGGCGGGGAGGUCGUCGGCGUGGUGCGCGGCUGCGUCAAGACGGUGGCGUGCGGGCGCGGGCGCGGCCAGGACCACCUCUUCUCCAAGGUAGCCUACCUCCUGGGCCUCCGCGUCUCCCCCGCGCACCGGCGCCGGGGCAUCGGCCGCGCGCUCGUCGCGCGGAUGGAGGAGUGGUUCCGGCAGGCCGGCGCCGACUACGCCUACGUCGCCACCGACCGCGGCAACGAGCCGUCCGUGCGCCUCUUCACCUCCCGCUGCGGCUACGCCAAGUUCCGCACCCCGUCCGUGCUCGUCCACCCGGUGUUCCGCCACGACCUCGCGCCGCCGCGCCGGGUCGCCGUCAUCCGCGUCCCGCCCCGCGACGCCGAGCUCCUCUACCGCGCGCGCUUCGCCGGCGUCGAGUUCUUCCCGCGCGACAUCGACGCCGUGCUCUCCAACCCGCUGUCCCUCGGCACGUUCCUCGCGGUCCCGGCGGCAUCAUCCUCCGCCGCCCUGUGUACCUGGCGUGGCGCCGAGGCGUUCCUGGCGUCGCCGCCGCCGUCGUGGGCGGUGGGCAGCGUGUGGAACAGCAAGGACGCGUUCCGCCUCGAGGUGCGGGGCGCGCCGAGGCUGUGGCGCGCCGCCGCGCGCGCCACGCGCGCCGCCGACCGCGCGCUCUCCCGCUGGCUCCCGCUCCUCCGCGUCCCGUCCGUGCCCAACCUCUUCGAGCCAUUCGGCAUGCACUUCCUCUACGGCCUCGGCGGCGCCGGCCCGGACGCGCCGCGGAUGGCCACCGCGCUGUGCCGCCACGCGCACAACGUGGCGCGACGCGCGGGGGCGCGCGUCGUCGCCACAGAGGUCGCCGCCUGCGACCCGCUCCGCGACGCCGUGCCGCACUGGCCGCGACUCGGCGCCGAGGACCUCUGGUGCAUCAAGCGACUCGCCGACGGGUACGGCGACGGCGCGCUCGGCGACUGGACCAAGGCGCCGCCCGGCGCCUCCAUCUUCGUCGACCCGAGGGAGUUUUAGCAGCCACCGUCGGUCUCGCAUCCGACGGCCGAGAUGAGCGUUUCGGCGUGGCUUAUGUUUUUUGGAGGAGGAGCUGUCCAUAGUUGCACCUUUUUUUUUCGUUUUUUCAGGGAGGAGUGUAGUAAUGAUGUAGACAAAAAAGAGUGUUUUUUAGCUGAAAUUAAGCAUGAUUAGUGCAAAGGAAAUGCCUUUUUUUUUGUUUUGCUCAAUUUGUGUCGUCCUGCUGCUGCCUCGGCUUUGCAACGGUUGUCAAAAGAGUGAUGUGAUCUUUUGCUAACGAACUGGAAUGUUCCAAAGCUUGCUUUGCGGCUUUUUGCUUGUUUUAGAGGACAUUUAGUGCUCAUUAUCAUUGUGAAAGAAACUGAUACCUUCAUUUCCUUCA